UUUUCCUGUGGGAUAUGUUUACUGCCAGCAGUGAUGGGGUGGUGGAGUCAUGUAGAUACCCUGCUGGGGAGGCUGAAGGUGACGCUUUGUGUGGUGCUGAUGUGGGCGUGCAUUACACUAGUAGCAUCACUCCCGCCCUCCAUCUCAUACAACGUCAGCCCACUUUAUGCUAAUCAUUUGGUGGCGAAGGGGAAGAUUCUGAGUAUGGCAGAUGUAUAUUCAUCCGUUGCUAAAACCAAACCUUGUCAUUGUCGCACUGCCUGCUGGAUGGACAGCCGAUGUGUGGCAGUGGCAGAGGUGAGCGAUAAUGAGGGACCAAUGUACUGCCAUCUGUCAGACAAAGGACCUACCUCCUCCACGGUCCUUGAUGAUGCUCUGUCAACUUACAUCUUCUGGCAAGAUUCUCUCCCGAGUGGCAAUUACUCGAUGUGGGAGGACAAUAUGCUGUACUUGAUUGUGCCAAAAUGGAUGAACUUCACCUCUGCUAAGGCACUGUGUGCCCAAAUCCCAGGACACCGCUUGGCCAUCACUAAGAGUGUUGUUCAGUAUAAUGCACUUGAUAAAAUGGCAUUACAAACAGGAUUUGAGAUGUGGGUAGACCUGACUAAGGCCAGUGAAAUGAGCCCAGUUGUAUGGGGAGAUGGUGAAGAGUUCGCUAAGACGGGCGCCGCCACAGUGGAAGAAUACCUGCAAAACGGUUUGGAGUUUCCAGUGGCCUUCAGGACUUACACGGACAUCCUUGAUGACAAAAGUCUAAGUCACAAAGCAUAUCCUCUCUGCCAAGCAAAUCCUAUGGGGCUGGAUUGGUAGUGUGUAGUACUGGUAUUGUGUGUUAGUGGAAGUGCAGUAGUUUUUUUUUUGUGAUACCCUGUACAGUAUAUGAACCCACGUGUUGCCAGGGAAAAGUUGUUUAUAUUUUAAUUCAUUUAUUAUACAAUACCUUGAAAUAUACUGUAUACAACCCCUAUGUAAGGGGAAGCUUAGGUUAUUAGGAAUUAAAGGAAACUGGUAUUUUCAGGUGGGUUGGAAAUUGGGUUGGGGAAGGAGUUCAAUUUCAUACCCAACAGAAUUUGAGUGGCAGUUUUUUGCAUUCUUGAAAAAGGUACCUAUAAUUAUCCCAUAUUGAAGCGCGCGCACACACUAAAGUUUCUCGGUAAUUUUUUUUUUUUUUUUUUAAGAUCCAAGACAAAAUCAGCAAAUCCCAUGCAUUUCCUACACUACCGGGUAUACUGUUUCCUUAACUAGCCUAUUCUCUAAAUGUUUAUAUACGACGACAAGGGAACCUAAUUUAAAGUUACAUUAGUCACAGUUUUACAUCUUUUUCACUUUUAGGAUUAUACUGGUGCCAUGAGGAGGGAGUAGACAUUUGUGCUAUUAUCACCUUGCUAUGUUUUACAGGUAUUAGGCAUGUGAGUCAGAUAGAUAGAAUUAAGAAGUUACUUUUAAAUUUUAGUGCUACAGUAUAUACAUGCCCUCUAUACAGUAUUCAUGUGUAAUCACUAAAAAAAAUAAAUUACUCGGGGUGAUCGAUGGAUUUCAGAACGAACACUGCGACUUCUGUUGUCUCGGAAGGGUCGUCAAAAUCCUUCAUCCUUUGCAUCAAAUGUUCACACCACAAUUUUGUAAAGAUAGUUUUUUGAGUGACUGUACAGCAAAUGGCCCUGUUAAAAUUAGAAAAAGUAUUGAUGUAAAACAAGUCACUUAUUAUCGUGCUUGAAUCGCCAUUUUCCAGGGUGGAUGUUGGCAUGAUGUCUAUGCCUGUCUCACAGACCAAGAUGCCAGGGUUCAGUCCCACUUUGGGCUUUGAAGUUACACUAUUAUAUAUAUAUACAGUGACCCCUCGGUUAACGAACUCAAUCCGUUCCAGAAGGUC